AUGAAAGUGACGGUAAAAACCCUCGCUCAGAAGAGCUUUCAGAUCGAGAUUGAGCCCAGUGCGAAGAUCUCGGAACUGAAGCAGAAGAUCCAAGAGUCUCAAGGAUUCGAAGUGGCACAUCAAAAGCUCAUUUACUCUGGCAAGAUUCUUGAUGAUGCUAGGACUGUGGAGGAGGCGAAGAUUGAAGAGAAGGGAUUCAUUGUUGUAAUGGUUGGAAAGCCAAAGCCAGCUGCUUCCGCUUCCACGCCUGCCCCUGCUGCUGCACCCGCGACCCCGGCGACUCCAGUUGCGUCCGCUCCUGCGCCUGCACCGGCAGCAACGCCUGCUACCCCUACUCCCGCUCCUCAAACAGCAGCUGCCCCGGCUGUCGCAGCUACACCCGCCGGACCAUUUGAUGCAUCAACUCUGGCCACUGGCUCUGCCUACGAAAGUGCCGUGCAAAACCUGGUGGAGAUGGGUUUCGAGAGGACCGAAAUUGUGAGAGCUAUGCGCGCGGCGUUCAACAACCCAGACCGCGCUGCAGAUUACUUGAUGAACGGGAUCCCAGAAAGCGUACAACGGGAGUUUGCUCCCCAGGCGGCAGCCGGCGCCCCUGCUACUGGAACUCCCGCGACCCCUGCAGCCCUCGCGAGUACUCCAGCUACUGCUGGCGCUCCUGUUCCAGGUGACGGCGGUCAGUAUAUCAACCUCUUUGACGCUGCAGCUCAGGCUGCGCAACAACCUGGUGGUGGAGCUCCUGGCGGCGGUGCAGGCGCCGGUGGUUUCGGUGAUCUCUCCGCUCUCCGAAAUGCCCCACAGUUCCAGCAACUGCGACAAAUGGUUCAGACGCAACCGCAGCUACUUCAACCGUUGCUGCAACACCUCGCACAGAGCAAUCCUCAACUCAUGCAGACAAUCACGCAAAAUCAAGAUGCAUUCUACCAAAUGCUCAUGGAGGGAGGAGAAGGUGAAGGAGGUGAAGCUGGUGAAGAAGGCGGAGCCCCGGGUGGUCGUCAGUACAUCUCGGUGACUCCUGAAGAGGAGGCUGCUAUCAACAGGCUGGUUGGACUAGGGUUCGAGCGCGGCCUGGCCAUCGAGGCUUUCUUUGCAUGUGACAAGAACGAGGAAUUAGCGGCAAAUUAUCUGUUCGAUCAAGGGGCAGGAGACGACUGGCAGUAG